AAUGCCUCCAAAAAAGCGAAUACUGAUGGAAGAGCAGUAUAUAGCAUCAAAUGAAACGAAUCUCGUCUAGCAUUAAAUAUGACCCGGAUGAAUGAUGCAAUGAUGGCCUUUGCUAUGUGUCGGACGCCAAGAAAUGGCGCUACUAUUGCCCCUACGGCUCAAAUCAACAAACCAUCCACCACCCCGACGAUCCGAGCACCCAUCGCGAUCGAUCUACACGCCAUGCAGCGCUGUCGAUCAUUUCUAGGAGUCGGCCAGCGCGCCAUGGGUGCCGCAAGCACCAGGGCCCGAAUAAUGAGCACCGCCAGCCGACCACAGGGCCAAUUGGAGAUGCCCGGGUUUAACGUGCCCCUGAAUACCGACCCUGGAGAGAACGUCGCUUGCACAUGGUGGACCAAUGGCUUUCCCAAUGCUCUCGAUUCGGAUCAUAUUCAUGGGGGGUAUCUCGACCGCCUCGUUACACACAGAGAGAUUAUCAUGCUGAGGGUCAUGAACUCCAUAACCGACAAGCGCGACUGGGACAAGAAGGUAUUUGACGAUCAGAUUACCGCAAAAUGGCGCGCGGAGCUUCUCCAGAGUGGACAGGACGUGUCAUCACGGAUGAUCAACUGGAUCAUUCAAGAGUUGCGUUGGAAGGCGGGGAUCUUCGCUGCGACGCGCUUUGUGGAGGUUUUUGACGAUGGCGUGGUCAAGUCCGACAGUGCUAUCUCGCAGGAACUACGGACGGCCUUGCAGCGAGCAGUUGCGCCACUGGAAGAUAUGCCUGAUGAGCAAAAGGACUAUCAUCCCGGCUCGGAUAAUACAGUUGUUGACCUGGUGCAUCCUUCAUUAUUCCCGGUUGUAUACGGCCGGACCCGCGUCCUUCCUGACCGGGUUAUCGGCCUCGACGAUUGUCUGAAUAGCAUCGGGGAAGGUGAAGUCGUCCCAACGCCGCCAUACGACCAGGCCGUCCCCAUCACUCUGGAAAGCUUCAGUCGCAGACAUUUUAGUCAUUAUAAAAACCCCCCGGAAUACAGCACCAAGUUCCAAUGGCUGCCCUGCGAGGUUGAGCUCAGGGAGAACAAAGAAUGCCGCAUCGCCUCAUACAUCAACAACGCACAUCCAAUUGAACAUCGACCGCUUUACGACGUCGUUGAAAAGAUCAUCGCACGGACGAUCCCGCUCUGGGAAAAGUCCCUGACGAAGCAGGUGUGCGAGGGGGAACGGAUCAAGUACAAUGGGGUCGAGUACGAGGAAGAUGCCGAGCCGGAGCCAAAGUACCCAGAGAACCUAGACGAGAACUUUGACGAGGACGAGUUCGGUGAGCGCUGGCAGGCGUGGUUCGACAGGCGCCGGAUCAAGCAGCCUGAGCCGCCAACGCGGUUCGUAAUUAACGAACACAUCGGAGAAGAGCCCGUGGACUUUUGGAAACAUUUCCCUGGUCAGAACCUGCAGGUCAUUGUGAAACUGGCAAAUAUUGAAUUAACGCCCGAGAAGCCCCGUUACGCGGGAGGGACGUGGCAUAUUGAGGGUCAAUUGAACGAGCGAAUCGCCGCAUCGGCAAUCUACUACUACGACAACCAGAACAUCACAUCAAGCUCACUAUCCUUCCGGCACCGCGGAAUGAACGAUUUUUAUGACUUUCACUACGAGCAAUGCCAACACCAGUUUUUGCAGCACGUCUACGGAUUCCCCGACGAUGUCGACGGGCAUAACGAGGUUCUCAUCACGCAGGAGCUUGGUAGCGUCGAGUGCAGAGGGGGUCGUCUCGUCACAUUCCCUAAUACACUCCAACAUUGCGUCUCUCCGUUUUCGCUGGCUGAUUCUUCGAAGCCUGGUCAUCGGAAGAUUCUUGCGCUGUUCCUUGUGGAUCCGCAUAGGCGGGUUAUUUCUUCGGCGAAUGUGCCUCCGCAGAGAGAGGAUUGGCGCGACGAGAAGAGCGCUGCACACGGAGGGAUGUCGACGGAGGAGGCAAAGGCGUACAGACUCGAAUUAAUGGAGGAGCGAGGGAUGAAGUCGGAGCACAUCAACUAUGACUUUCAGCAAGGGGAGUUUCGUCUCUGUGAGCAUUAGAUGGAUGAUACCAUUCAUUGGUUCUAGUUAGCGUGUAUAAUAGAUUGGGAUAAUCCCUCCCCAGUUUGAUAACUGAUAUGUCGGAGGACCCGGGAUUCGCUCGGGGAUGUCAGGGUCUAGGCCUGGACUCUCCCCCAGAGGCGAGCUCGAGCCAAACCCGGUCCUUGACAGCUCUUCCCGCCAAUAAAGCCCCUCGAUAGAUGAUCCUCCAGAUAAGUCCAAACCAUGGAAUAGAGCCCCGCAGCUUGACCGGAU